AUGCACGCAAGAGACGCUACUGGCCGCCAGGUCUCUCUCCUGAAUGACGAACCCGUCCAGGCCAUCCCUCAGCGCCCUCACUACCGCACAGCAAACCAGGUUAUCUCCCAGCCUUUUGCGCCGCGAAGCAACUCCUCCUCGCCUCACACUCCCGAGCUUCUUCGCUCGGACUCGUACGACUCGAAUGCGAGCAGCGAUCCAAUGUCCCCCCUCACGCCUACCUCCUACGACGCUACCCGAGUUAAUGCCUUUCCCGUCCAGCCCAUGUACGAUGAAUACGACAAGCGCCCAGCCUAUGCCAACACCAGCCGCGCAAAUUCGUACGAGGAGGAUAACUCAGCAACAUCACCACUGCCCGAGCGCCCCGGCAAGCGGUACCCUUGCCGCUACCGCGACAGCCACGGUUGCGAGAAGACCUUCACCACUUCGGGUCACGCCUCCAGGCAUUCAAAGAUUCACACUGCGGAGAAGGCUGUUCAAUGUACCUUCCACGGCUGCCAGAAGAAAUUUACCAGGGCGGACAACAUGAAGCAACAUCUCGAGACUCACUACAAGGACAAGUCGCGUUCUUCCGCCUCUGCAAAGGCUGCGGCCCGGUCUUCACUCGGUGCGCUCUCGGCAUCCGGCCGCCGUUCUUCAUCCUCGUCUACCCGUACUGCCGCCAGCCGCACUUCCCGGGACCAGCCCAUGUGGGAUGCCGAACCCUACGCCGCAUAUCCUCCUGGUCAAGCCCCUCUCCCAUCUCCUGGCGCCAACGGUGCCUGGGAUAUGCGCGGUUUGAACCUACCUCUCCUCACGCGCCCCAGCGUCGCGAGAAAUCCGAGCAGUGGUCUUGAUGCCUUGGCUAUGGCGGUUGCCUGCCAAGAGGGCGCGUAA